GCGGGAGGAGGAGGAGCCGCCGCAGGAGCGAGCGGCUCUCGCGCACAAAGUUGUGGAGUCGCCUCUGCUCGGAGGAGGGGAGCGGCCAGCCGCAGCCGGCCGCGGGCUUUCUCCCGCCGCUGGGCGAGGAGGAGCCUCCGGCUCCCGAAGCCGAUUGGGGAAUCGCGGGGAGCGGCGCCCCCCUUCUUUUGGGUCAUUUCUGCAGACGGAAAACUCUAGUGUUUGGCAAACUUGGUGCCUGCGCUCCGGCUCCAGGUUCACGCUUUGACUGUUUUGUUUUUGGCGGAACUACCAGGCAGGAAGAUUGCACAAGUCAGGGGCGUUUUCACUAGGGUGUCAGUUUUUUUUUCUUUCGGAUCUUGUCUGUUUCUCCACGUUUCAUUUUUUUUUUUUUUUAACAUCGCUUCACUGAACUCACAUCACACACACCCCUGAGACUACUACGACCCAAGCAAGUCCCGAGGAGGUCUGGCUGGCUCGAGGCGCGGCGGCCCUCGGAGAGCUGGUAUUAAUGUCACACUAAACUACUGUGGAAAGUUGAGAGUCUUAAAAAGAGGACUUGGAAAAGUUUUUGGAUUGCACUGAAACCCAGCCAAGAUGGCCAAGUAUGGAGAAGAGGAAGCCAGGCCUGAUGAUGGGCAGAACGAGUUCAGUGACAUCAUCAAGUCCAGAUCUGAUGAGCACAAUGAUGUACAGAAGAAAACUUUUACCAAAUGGAUCAACGCUCGCUUUUCAAAGAGUGGGAAACCACCCAUCAGCGAUAUGUUCACAGACCUGAAAGAUGGAAGGAAGCUGUUGGAUCUUCUAGAAGGCCUCAUAGGAACAUCUUUGCCAAAGGAACGUGGUUCCACAAGGGUCCAUGCCUUAAAUAACGUCAACAGAGUGCUGCAGGUUCUGCAUCAGAAUAAUGUGGACCUGGUGAACAUAGGAGGGACUGACAUUGUGGAUGGAAAUCACAAACUCACUCUGGGUUUGCUCUGGAGCAUCAUUUUGCACUGGCAGGUGAAGGACGUCAUGAAGGACGUCAUGUCAGACCUGCAACAGACGAACAGCGAGAAGAUUCUGCUGAGCUGGGUGCGCCAGACUACCAGGCCCUACAGCCAAGUCAACGUGCUCAACUUCACCACCAGCUGGACAGACGGACUUGCCUUUAAUGCUGUGCUCCACCGACAUAAACCUGAUCUCUUCAGCUGGGAUAAAGUUGUUAAAAUGUCCCCCAUUGAGAGACUUGAACAUGCCUUCAGCAAGGCUCAGACUUACUUGGGAAUUGAAAAGCUGUUAGAUCCUGAAGAUGUUGCUGUUCCACUUCCUGACAAGAAAUCCAUAAUUAUGUAUUUAACGUCUUUGUUUGAGGUGCUACCUCAGCAAGUCACUAUAGAUGCCAUCCGUGAGGUGGAGACACUCCCAAGGAAAUAUAAGAAAGAAUGUGAAGAAGAAGAAAUUAACAUACAGGGUACAGCUCGAGAGGAGGAACGCAAGAGUCUCGGAGCUGAAACAUCCGGUGCUGUCCCCGAGGUCGACAUGGAUCUGGACAGCUAUCAGAUAGCACUAGAGGAAGUGCUGACCUGGUUGCUGUCUGCGGAGGACACUUUCCAGGAGCAGGAGGACAUUUCUGAUGAUGUUGAAGAAGUGAAAGACCAGUUUGCAACCCACGAAGCUUUCAUGAUGGAGCUCACUGCACACCAGAGCAGCGUGGGCAGUGUCCUGCAGGCGGGCAACCAGCUGAUAACACAAGGAACUCUGUCUGAUGAAGAGGAGUUUGAAAUCCAGGAACAAAUGACCUUGCUGAAUGCUAGAUGGGAAGCACUUAGGGUGGAGAGUAUGGACAGACAGUCUCGGCUGCACGACGUGCUGAUGGAACUGCAGAAGCAGCAGCUGCAGCAGCUCUCGGCCUGGUUAACUCUCACCGAGGAGCGCAUCCAGAAGCUGGAAGCUCGCCCCCUCGAUGGGGAUUUAAACGCCCUACAGAAGCUCCUGGAAGAACAUAAAAGUUUGCAAAAUGAUCUUGAGGCUGAACAGGUGAAAGUAAAUUCAUUAACUCAUAUGGUGGUAAUUGUUGAUGAAAACAGUGGGGAGAGUGCCACAGCUGUUCUUGAAGAUCAGUUACAGAAACUUGGUGAGCGCUGGAUGGCGGUGUGCCGUUGGACUGAAGAGCGCUGGAAUAGAUUACAAGAAAUCAAUAUGUUGUGGCAGGAAUUAUUGGAAGAACAGUGUUUGUUAAAAGCUUGGUUAACCGAAAAAGAAGAAGCUUUAAAUAAAAUCCAGACAAGCAACUUCAAAGACCAAAAGGAACUGAGUGUCAGUGUUCGACGUCUAGCUAUUUUGAAGGAAGAUAUGGAAAUGAAGCGUCAAACAUUGGAUCAACUGAGUGAGAUCGGCCAGGAUGUGAGUCAGUUACUUGACAGUCCCAAGGCAUCCAAGAAGAUCAACAGUGACUCAGAGGAACUGACUCAAAGAUGGGAUUCUUUGGUUCAGAGACUAGAAGAUUCCUCCAACCAGGUGACUCAGGCAGUAGCAAAACUGGGAAUGUCUCAGAUUCCUCAGAAGGAUCUUUUGGAGACGGUUCAUGUAAGGGAACAAGUGAUUACAAAGAAGUCCAAGCAAGAACUGCCUCCUCCUCCUCCUCCAAAGAAGAGACAGAUCCAUGUGGAUAUGGAAGCUAAGAAAAAGUUUGAUGCUAUAAGUUCAGAGCUGUUGAACUGGAUUUUGAAAUCAAAGACUGCCAUUCAGACCACAGAGAUAAAAGAGUACAAGAAGAUGCAGGAGACCUCAGAAGCGAGAAAGAAACUGAAGGGAUUAGAAAAAGAACAGACAGAAAGAAUCCCCAGACUGGAUGAAUUAAAACAAACUGGACAAAUCCUUGUGGAGCAAAUGGGAAAAGAAGGUCUUCCCACUGAAGAAAUAAAAACUGUUCUGGAGAAGGUUUUAUCCGAAUGGAGGAACGUAUCUCAGCAUUUGCAAGAUCUGGCAAGAAAGAUCCAGCUCCAGGAAGAUAUAAAUGCUUAUUUUAAGCAGCUUGAUGAGCUUGAAAAAGUCAUAAAGACAAAAGAGGAGUGGGUGAAACACGCUCCCUCUUACCCGUCUCCCCAGCAGUCCUUGACCAGUUUGAAGGAUUCCUGUCAGCGGGCAUUGACAGAUCUCCUUGGCAUCAACCCCAAAGUUGAAAUGGUGCGUGAGAGCUGCUUGGCUCUGAAGUCUCGGCCCUCUGCCCCGGAUUUUAUCCAGCAAGGCUUUGAUAGAUUCCUGGGCCAGUAUCAGGCUGUGCAACAGGCUAUCCAGGCCCAUCAGCAACAGCUGGAGAAUGAACUAAAGAGCCAAACUGGGCGUGAAUAUUUGGAAACAUUGAAAAUGCUGAAAGAUACGUUAAAUGAUUCAGAAAAUAAGGCCCAUACAUCUCUGAAUGUCCUUAAUGAUCUUGCCAAGGUGGAGAAGGCCCUGCAGGAGAAAAAGACCCUUGAUGAAAUCCUUGAGAAUCAAAAGCCUACAUUAUGUAAACUUGCAGAACAAACAAAGGCUUUGGAGAAAAACCUUCCUCCUGAUGUAGCAAAGACAUACAAGCAAGAAUUUGAUGAUGUCCAUGGAAAGUGGAGCACACUGAAGGGCCUGGUUUCCAAGGAGCUACAUGUGCUUGAAGAAAUUACUCCCAAACUCAGAACAUUUGAGGCUGAUUCCAAAGCUGUUGAGAAGUGGACGGAUGGUGUGAAAGACUUCUUAAUGAAAGAGCCGGCUGCCCAAGGAGACGCCACAGGUUUACAGAGGCAGCUAGACCAAUGCUCUGCCUUUGUCAAUGAAGUAGAAACUGUUGAAUCAUCUCUGAAAAACAUGAAAGAAAUAGAGACUAACCUUCGAAGUUGUCCAGUUGCUGGAAUCAAAGCGUGGGUGCACACGAGACUAGCUGACUAUCAGACCCAACUGGAGAAGUUUAGCAAGGAGGUUGCUGUUCAAAAAAGCAGGCUGUCUGAAAGUCAGGAAAAAGCAGUGAACCUGAAGAAAGACUUGGCGGAGAUGCAGGAGUGGAUGGCGCAGGCUGAGGAGGAGUACCUGGAGCGAGACUUUGAGUACAAGUCCCCAGAAGAGCUUGAGAGUGCUGUGGAGGAAAUGAAGAGGGCAAAGGAGGAUGUGCUGCAGAAGGAGGUGAGGGUGAAGAUUCUCAAGGACAACAUCAAGUUAUUAGCUACCAAAGUGCCCUCUGGUGGCCAGGAAUUGACGUCUGAGCUGAAUGUUGUGCUGGAGAAUUACCAACUUCUUUGUAAUAGAAUUCGUGGGAAGUGCCACACGCUAGAGGAGGUCUGGUCUUGUUGGAUCGAACUGCUUCACUAUCUGGAUCUUGAAACCAGCUGGUUAAACACUUUGGAAGAGCGGAUGAAGAGCACAGAGGCCCUGCCUGAGAAGACAGAUGCUGUCAACGAAGCCCUAGAGUCUCUGGAAUCUGUUUUGCGUCACCCAGCCGAUAAUCGUACCCAGAUCCGAGAACUUGGCCAGACUCUGAUUGAUGGAGGGAUUCUCGAUGAUAUAAUCAGUGAGAAACUGGAGGCUUUCAACAGCCGAUAUGAAGAUCUGAGUCAUCUGGCAGAGAGCAAGCAGAUUUCUUUGGAGAAGCAACUUCAGGUCCUGCGGGAAACGGAUCACAUGCUUCAAGUCCUUCAGGAGAGCUUGGGGGAGCUGGACAAACAGCUCACCACCUACCUGACAGACAGGAUAGACGCUUUCCAAGUUCCCCAGGAAGCUCAGAAAAUCCAAGCCGAGAUCUCAGCCCAUGAGCUAACUCUUGAGGAGUUGAGAAGGAAUAUGCAUCCCCAGCCCCCGGCCUCCCCCGAGGGCAGGACUGCUCGAGGAGGAAGUCAGAUGGAUGUGCUGCAGAGGAAACUUCGAGAGGUAUCCACAAAGUUCCAGCUUUUCCAGAAGCCUGCUAACUUUGAGCAGCGCAUGCUGGACUGUAAGCGCGUGCUGGAUGGUGUGAAAGCAGAGCUCCACGUUCUGGACGUGAAGGACGUAGAGCCUGAUGUCAUCCAGACCCACCUGGACAAGUGUAUGAAACUGUACAAAACUCUGAGUGAAGUCAAACUUGAAGUCGAAACCGUGAUCAAGACAGGGAGGCACAUCGUCCAGAAGCAGCAGACGGACAACCCCAAGGAGAUGGAUGAGCAGCUGACGUCCCUGAAGGUGCUCUACAAUGACCUGGGCGCCCAGGUGACAGAAGGAAAACAAGAUCUGGAAAGGGCAUCACAGUUGGCCCGGAAAAUGAAGAAAGAGGCUGCCUCCCUCUCGGGAUGGCUUUCUGCCAUGGAAGCUGAGCUGGUGCAGAAGUCCACUUCGGAAGGGCUGCUUGGUGACUUGGAUUCAGAAAUCGGCUGGGCUAAAAAUGUUCUGAAGGAUCUGGAAAAGAAAAAAGCUGAUUUAAAUUCCAUCACCGAGAGUAGUGCUGCCCUCAAGAACUUGAUUGAGGGCAGUGAGCCUGUCUUAGAGGAGAGGCUCUGCGUCCUGAACGCCGGGUGGAGCCGCGUCCGCACCUGGACUGAGGAUUGGUGCGGCACCUUGAUGAACCAUCGGAACCAGUUGGAAAUAUUCGAUGGAAGUGUGGCACACAUAAGUACCUGGCUUUAUCAAGCUGAAGCUCUCCUGGAUGAAAUCGAAAAAAAACCAGCAAGUAAACGGGAAGAAAUUGUGAAGCGUUUACUCUCCGAGCUGGAUGAUGCCAACCUCCAGGUUGAAAAUGUCCGUGAUCAAGCCAUUAUUUUGAUGACUGCACGUGGAAACUCAAGCAGGGAGCUUGUAGAACCAAAAUUAGCUGAACUGAAUAGGAACUUUGACAAAGUGUCUCAACAUAUCAAAAGCGCUGAGUUGCUAAUUAGUCAAGAACCAUUAUCAUACCAAAGUUUGGUCACCACUGAAACAUUUGAAGCUGGCCUGCCUUUCUCUGACUUGGAAAAAUUAGAAAGUGACGUAGAAAAUAUGUUAAAAGUUGUGGAAAAACAUUUGCAAUCCAGUGAUGAAGAUGAAAAGAUAGAUGAAGAGAGAGCCCAGAUAGAGGAAGUUCUACAAAGAGGAGAAGAAAUGUUACGUCAACCUAUGGAGGAUAAUAAAAAAGAAAAGAUCCGUCUGCAGCUAUUACUUUUGCAUACAAGAUACAACAAAAUUAAGGCAGUCCCUAUUCAACAGAGGAAAACAGGUCAGCUUGCUUCCGGAGUCCGAUCGUCACCUCUCCCUGCAGAUUACCUGGUUGAAAUUAACAGAAUUUUACUAUCCAUGGAUGAUGUCGAAUUAUCACUUAAUAUUCCGGAGCUAAACACAGCUAUCUAUGAAGACUUCUCUGCUCAGGAAGACUCUCUGAGGAAUAUCAAAGACCAACUGGACAGACUUGGAGAGCAGAUUGCAGUCAUUCAUGAAAAACAGCCAGAUGUUAUUCUUGACGCCUCUGGACCUGAAGCCAUUCAGAUCAAGGAUACUCUUACUCAAUUGAAUGCAAAGUGGGACAGACUUAAUAGAAAAUACAAUGAUCGGAAAGGUUAUUUUGAUAGGGCCGUGGAAGAAUGGAGACAGUUCCAUUGUGACCUUAAUGACCUCAUACAGUGGAUAACAGAAGCUGAAGAGGUCCUGGCGGAUACCUGUGCUCCAGGUGGCCGUCUGGACUUGGAGAAAGCCAGGCUCCACCAGCAGGAACUCGAAGAGGGCAUCAGUAGCCACCAGCCCAGUUUUGCAGCACUAAAUCGAACUGGGGAUAGGAUUGUCCAGAAACUCUCUCCAACAGACGGUGGCUUCCUGAAAGACAAGCUGGCGGGGUUAAACCAACGCUGGAGCGCCAUCACUGCAGAAGUGAUAGAUAGGCGACCAAGGUUGAAGGGCGAGAGUAAGCAGGUGAUGGAAUACAGAAACAGGCUAGAUGAGGUCAUCUGCUGGUUAACAAAGGCUGAGAAUACUUUGGAGAAGAACUCAGUGGCUGAGCUGGAAGAAAACGUUCAAGAAUUAACAGACUUAACCCAAGAGAUGGAAGCCCAAGGUGAAAAACUCAAAUGGCUGAACAGAGCUGAGCUGGAUAUGCUUGCAGACAAAAGUCUGAGUCUACACGAAAGAGAUAAAAUUUCAGAAAGCUUAAGAGCUGUAAAUACCGCCUGGAGUAAGAUUUGCAGGGAAGUGCCUAGCAUACCAAAGGAACGUAUCCAGGAGUCCCAUCCUGUUCCGCAGACAAGGAUUGCUGCUCAUCCUGCCGUCCAAAAGGUGGUGCUAGUUUCCUCUGCGUCGGAGACUCCUGUUCUGUCUCAUCGGACUGCAGACAUUUUAAUUCCUGCUGAUCUUGAUAAAACUAUAACAGAACUAGCCGACUGGCUGGUAUUGAUCGACCAAAUGCUGAAGUCCAACAUUGUCACUGUCGGGGAUGCGGAAGAGAUCAAUAAGACCGUUUCCCGAAUGAAAAUUACAAAGGCUGAUUUAGAACAGCGCCAUCCUCAGCUAGAUUAUGUUUUCACGAUGGCACAGAAUUUGAAAAAUAAAGCAUCCAGUUCAGAUGUGAGAACAGCAAUCACAGAAAAAUUGGAGAAGGUCAAGAACCAAUGGGACAGCACCCAGCACGGGGUGGAGCUCAGGCAGCAGCAGCUGGAGGACAUGAUUGUCGACAGUCUCCAGUGGGACGACCACAGGGAAGAGACCGAGGAGCUCAUGAGAAAGUAUGAGGCCCGGCUCUACAUUCUGCAGCAAGCCCGAAGGGACCCGCUCACCAAACAAAUUUCUGAUAACCAAGUAAGACUCCUAAUGGAACCUGCCUGUCGUGUUGUUCCUUUCAGUAUUGCUGACAGACAGAAUGCCUUGGAGGCUGAGCUGAGGACAGUGCAGGCCUCUCGCAGAGAUCUGGAGAACUUCCUAAAGUGGAUCCAGGAAGCUGAAACCACAGUGAACGUGCUGGCGGAUGCCGCUCAGAGGGAGAAUGCUCUUCAGGACAGUGUCUUGGCCAGGGAACUCAAGCAGCAGAUGCAGGACAUCCAGGCGGAAAUCGAUGCCCAUAAUGACAUAUUUAAAAGCAUUGAUGGAAACAGACAAAAGAUGGUGAAAGCUUUGGGAAAUUCUGAAGAGGCAACUAUGCUUCAACAUCGACUGGAUGACAUGAACCAGAGAUGGAACGACUUAAAGGCCAAGUCUGCCAGCAUCAGGGCCCAUUUGGAGGCCAGUGCUGAGAAGUGGAACAGGUUGCUCAUGUCUUUAGAAGAACUGAUCAAGUGGCUGAACGUAAAAGACGAAGAGCUUAAAAAACAGAUGCCCAUCGGAGGAGACGUUCCAGCCCUGCAGCUCCAGUAUGACCAUUGUAAAGCACUGAGACGGGAGUUAAAGGAGAAAGAAUAUUCUGUCCUGAAUGCUGUCGACCAGGCUCGAGUUUUCCUGGCUGAUCAGCCGAUUGAGGCCCCUGAAGAACCGAGAAGAAACCUGCAAUCAAAAACAGAGUUGACCCCCGAGGAAAGAGCCCAGAAGAUUGCCAAAGCCAUGCGCAAACAGUCUUCUGAAGUCAAAGAGAAGUGGGAAAGUCUAAACGCUGUUACUAACAACUGGCAGAAGCAAGUGGACAAGGCGCUGGAGAAGCUCAGAGACCUUCAGGGAGCGAUGGACGACCUGGAUGCUGACAUGAAGGAGGCGGAGUCCGUGCGGGGUGCCUGGAAGCCAGUGGGAGACUUACUCAUCGACUCCCUGCAGGAGCACAUAGAAAAAACCAUGGCAUUUAGAGAAGAAAUUGCACCCAUCCACUUAAAAGUGAAAACAGUGAAUGAUUUAUCCAGUCAGCUGUCUCCACUUGACCUCCAUCCAUCUGUAAAGAUGUCUCGCCAGCUGGACGACCUGAAUAUGCGAUGGAAACUUCUGCAGGUUUCUGUGGACGAUCGCCUUAAACAGCUUCAGGAAGCCCAUAGAGAUUUUGGACCAUCCUCGCAGCAUUUUCUCUCCACUUCAGUCCAGCUGCCGUGGCAAAGAUCCACCUCACAUAAUAAAGUGCCCUAUUACAUCAACCAUCAAACACAGACAACCUGUUGGGAUCAUCCUAAGAUGACUGAACUCUUUCAAUCUCUUGCUGACCUGAAUAAUGUACGUUUCUCGGCCUACCGUACAGCAAUCAAAAUUCGAAGACUGCAAAAGGCACUGUGCUUGGACCUCUUAGAGUUGAAUACAACAAAUGAAGUUUUCAAACAGCACAAGCUGAACCAGAACGAUCAGCUCCUCAGUGUCCCAGACGUCAUCAACUGUCUGACGACCACGUACGAUGGGCUAGAACAAAUGCACAGGGACCUGGUCAACGUGCCGCUCUGCGUGGAUAUGUGUCUCAACUGGCUCCUCAACGUGUAUGACACGGGUCGAACUGGAAAAAUUAGAGUGCAGAGUCUGAAGAUUGGAUUGAUGUCUCUCUCUAAAGGUCUUCUGGAGGAAAAAUACAGAUUUCUCUUCAAGGAGGUGGCGGGGCCCACGGAAAUGUGUGACCAGAGGCAGCUGGGCCUGUUGCUUCAUGAUGCCAUCCAGAUCCCCCGGCAGCUGGGAGAAGUAGCGGCUUUCGGAGGCAGUAACAUUGAGCCUAGUGUCCGCAGCUGCUUCCAACAGAAUAACAACAAGCCUGAGAUAAGCGUGAAGGAGUUUAUAGACUGGAUGCGUUUGGAGCCGCAGUCCAUGGUGUGGCUGCCAGUCUUACAUCGAGUGGCAGCAGCUGAGACUGCAAAACAUCAGGCCAAAUGCAACAUCUGUAAAGAAUGUCCGAUUGUUGGGUUCAGGUAUAGAAGUCUAAAGCAUUUUAAUUACGAUGUCUGCCAGAGUUGCUUUUUUUCUGGUCGAACAGCAAAAGGUCACAAAUUGCAUUACCCAAUGGUGGAAUAUUGUAUCCCCACAACAUCUGGGGAGGAUGUACGAGACUUCACAAAGGUGCUGAAGAACAAGUUCAGGUCAAAGAAAUACUUUGCCAAACAUCCCCGACUCGGCUACUUGCCUGUCCAAACAGUUCUGGAAGGUGACAACUUAGAGACUCCUAUCACCCUCAUCAGUAUGUGGCCAGAGCACUAUGACCCCUCUCAGUCUCCUCAGCUGUUUCAUGAUGACACUCAUUCCAGGAUAGAACAAUACGCCACACGACUGGCCCAGAUGGAAAAGACUAACGGAUCUUUUCUCACUGAUAGCAGCUCGACUACAGGAAGUGUGGAGGACGAGCACGCCCUCAUCCAGCAGUACUGUCAGACACUCGGAGGGGAGUCCCCGGUGAGCCAGCCGCAGAGCCCAGCUCAGAUCCUGAAGUCAGUGGAAAGGGAAGAACGCGGAGAACUGGAGCGGAUCAUCGCUGACCUGGAGGAAGAACAAAGAAAUCUGCAGGUGGAAUACGAGCAGCUGAAGGAGCAGCACCUGAGAAGGGGGCUCCCCGUCGGGUCACCCCCGGACUCCAUCGUGUCUCCACACCACACGUCGGAGGAUUCAGAACUUAUAGCCGAAGCCAAACUCCUCAGGCAGCACAAAGGACGGCUGGAGGCUCGGAUGCAGAUUCUAGAAGAUCACAACAAACAGCUGGAGUCUCAGCUCCACCGCCUCCGACAGCUGCUGGAGCAGCCUGAAUCUGAUUCCCGAAUUAAUGGUGUCUCCCCCUGGGCCUUGCCCCAGAAUUCUACUCUGAGCUACCCGCUGGAUCCAGACCCUGGUCCACAGUUCCACCAGGCAGCGGGAGAGGACCUGCUGGCCCCGCCACACGACACCAGCACAGAUCUCACAGAGGUCAUGGAGCAGAUCAACAGCACGUUCCCCUCCUGCUGCCCAAAUGUCCCCAGCAGGCCACAGCAAAUGCCAAUUCCAAGUUCCAUUGAAUCAGAAGCUCCCUGGCGCCUUGACCCCUGCUGUCGAGCACUGACUGUGCGCUCUACUGAAGGAGUCAAACACUGACUAUCCAAAGAGAAAAGGCUAUUUUGUUUUUAUAAUGACCAUAUAUUGUUGUUUUCUUCUUCCCUUUCUAUGCAACUGUAAAUUAACGAACAGAGAGGUAUUUGGAAAUGGUGAUCCAUUUGUCACUGAUUUGUAUAAUGUAUACAGCACUGGGAAGGCGGGUGGGGACUUUCUAAUAUGGUAGCGUCUUUUUAAUAACGAUGACAAAAAUUGCCUAAGCGUUAGAAGACCACUUUUCAUUUUUACAUUCCUUCUGCUGUUCAUAUUAACCUUGUACAAUAACUUCAUUCAUUUCUUUGAUCCUUUUACCAUCAUGUUUCGGUUAUUUAUAAUUCAUCAGCCACAUAACCAAAUAGAUUUAAUGUAUUUGUUUCCAUGGUGUGGCCAAACUAAUAAAUUCAUGUAUUUCAAUCAAGUAUUUUAUAUGUAUACAUAUAUAUAUAUGGACUAGGCUACAGCCUUGUGUAUACUGUUUAACUUUAUUUCACAUCAGACACUUCCUUCUUUGGUGACCACUUAGAUAACCCCAAGAAAAAUCCUGUGGCAUUUCUAUUGGGAUUUUUUUUUCCUGCAGUGUAUUCAAUUCUUUAUAUAAGUAGGCCUUGAUUUCUUUAUUUAUUUUAUGUCCCAGUCUCUAUGAUAGAGGACACUGCAUUAUCAAACAUUUUACCAAAGGUUGCCAAUUUAAGCCUAUUUUCGUUUUGACAUAGAAACAAAAUUGAUACGAUCUUUCCUUGUUCCCCGGUCUUGAUUUUCGUCAUUAAAUGCGCGGCUGGCCUUUACCUGUCGUAAGCCCAGAACACGUCAUUGUCUUUAGUUCCCUUGGAAGAGAGUUUUAUCCUUGUCGUGUAUUUUCAAGUCCUUUACAAUUCUUGAAACUCCUCGCUAUUUUCCUUCUGAAAGCCGACACAAAUUCAAUGCUUUUCUCAUCUGACCGUUUGACUGAACCAGCAGAGCUUGUAUCGCCCUUCCCUUGAUCAGUAUGUUUGGAAAGGAUGUUUAUCAAAAGCCUAUGUCGCUGCCUCUACAGAGAGACGGCGUUAAAGCUUAGACGGUGGUACCUCUGCCUUUACCUUGGAGCACAUUCAGUUAGGUAUUUGGUUCAACUCCUGAUUUGACAUUUAAUGGAUUAAGUUUAAGCGUGUUACUUAAUUACCAAAUGUAGAGAAACCAAAAAAAAAAAAAAAAGUGAAAAUAACAUGUUUUGAGUCAAGCAUAUGUACUUUUAAAACAGUAAGACAUUUUAACUUUGGGUUCUCUUUAACUGGGAUCUUGCCAGAGGAGGCUUAAAGUUAGAAAUUGCUAUUCUUUUAGAAUAGGUUGGGUGGGUUGGGGGCAGGGGUGUCUAUUUGCAGCAUAGAUAUUUUGAGAAGAAGAGAAUUGUUUUAUAUACGAGGAAAGCCAUGACCACCUUUCUACCUCAGAUCCAUCUGCAUCCAUUGUGUUGGAAAUAGCUUUAUGCCACUGCAGUCUGCAAAGUAGAGCUUUUAUCAGGCCAGAUCAUAAUCAAAAAAGCACCUAUUUAAAGAAAAAAAAAUUCCCUGAACUCUGAACUUCAACUUGUAGGAUUUGGUGUACUCUUUGGUCUUACUUUGAAAAGUCACGUGUUAAUUUGUUUUCUGCCUGUAUUUGUAUGCAAAAUGUCCUCUAUCUGCUAUUAAGAAAAAGCUCCGUAAAACACUACAUUGUAUCCUUCUAAGUAAUAAUAAAUAAAAAGAAAUAUAUUGCAGUAACAACAGUGGGAAGUAAGUAUGUAAUUCUUUUGAAAUAUGUGUUAAAGAACUAAUCACAGACGAUCAUCUAAUCUGGUUACAUAUUGUAUUUUUCGUCCUGAAUAAAAGUAAUUUUAACACAA